AGUCUCCCCAUCCGAUUAUUAGAGCCCCUCCAUAGCGGUUUAUUAUAUGUUAAGGUAGCCCUGACCUCCUUACCCAUCUAUCUCCCUUGUUCUCCCCAUUUCAUAAUUCGAAUUCACGUUCAAAUCUGUUGCCGCCCCCCUAUACAUCCUCAUAGAGCAGGCUAUGCAAUAACUCUGCGUGGGCAUUGGCAAUCUGCUCUCCAGCGCUUCAACUCGAACCAUCUCCACUAUCUAUCUACUAAAUUACCCCCUCCAUCCUCUCAAAAGUCAAUCGAGCGUGGCACGAGAGACAUAAUCACACAAUGACUCCCGUCUCGGAACACGAAGAUGCGAUUGCACAAGAACUACAAGCUCCGGCGCAUCCUUUGGACCACAAGCGCCGCCGUACCAUGACGUCGACCGAUGAAAUAGACAGCACCAUCAUCCGCCCUGGCAGUGUCAGAAUUAAUGUCAAAGGCGCUUUCAUCGUCGACCCCGAUACGGCGACGCCAGCCUCUACCUCUGGCGCAAGCGCGGGCGGUGCUGCAGCUCAUAACGGCCGAAUGAGCCCGACGCACCCCGAAACGAGCGACAUCCGGUUGCCAUACCACACUGCGAUUGUGAGCCAUAUUGCGAUUGACAUUGGCGGAUCGCUUAUAAAGCUCGUUUACUUCUCGCGCGAAGUUGAUUCUACGGAUCCCGGCGGCCGACUGAACUUUCAAAGCUUCGAAACAGAUCGCAUUGAUGACUGUGUGGAGUUUAUGCGACAUCUGCGUGAUAACCAACUUGUCAAUGGCUCACAACCGGGAGAGUUGUGUGUGAUGGCGACUGGUGGUGGCGCGUACAAGUAUUAUGACAAAAUUCGAGCCGCACUCGAAGUGGACGUAUCGCAAGAGGAUGAGAUGGAAUGUCUCAUCAUUGGACUCGACUUUUUCAUAACCGAAAUCCCCCGCGAGGUCUUUACGUACUCCGAAACAGAUCCCAUGCACUUCGUCGUGCCACAGGAUAAUAUAUAUCCUUAUCUGCUCGUAAAUAUCGGCUCAGGCGUCUCAUUCCUCAAGGUCACUGGGCCAAGAUCAUAUCAGCGAGUCGGAGGUACAUCACUCGGUGGUGGUACUCUCUGGGGUCUCUUGUCUCUGCUCACUGGCGCGCGAACUUUUGACGAGAUGCUUGAGCAAGCCGCUCACGGCGACAAUGCCAACGUCGAUAUGCUAGUUGGCGACAUCUAUGGAACAGACUAUGGCAAGAUAGGACUCAAGAGCACAACAAUCGCUUCGUCCUUUGGUAAAGUUUUUCGUAUGAAGAGAGAGGCCGAAUCAGCAGCCGAAGAUGGCAGAUCUGCUACGCCGGAAGACGCAUCCUUCAACAGCGCAGAUGUUUCAAGGUCUCUCCUGUACGCCAUCUCAAACAAUAUUGGACAGAUCGCCUACCUGCAGUCCCAAAUUCACAACCUAUCCAAUAUUUAUUUCGGUGGUUCUUUCAUCAGAGGCCAUCGUCAGACCAUUAACACACUAAGCUAUGCCAUCAAGUUCUGGAGUAAGGGGGAGAAGCAAGCAUACUUCCUCCGUCAUGAGGGUUACCUGGGAGCAGUUGGCGCAUUCCUCAAAAGGAAGCCCAAGAACUGGGGCCGCAAAGGAAGUCUUGAGGGCAUGGAUGACCUAGCUGAGUUACGGACGAAUCUCCGCGAAGGGGCACCUAUCUCCAGUACAUCAUAAAUUUCAACGAGCGCAUUGGGACGUCAAACCAUGUCAGGGAUUUCCCAUUCAGCAAACACUGAAAGGCCUCAAACUAUCGGAAGUUGAUUUGAAGUUGCGUUAGGUCGACUUGUCAAGCAACAAACAAAUGUGGUUGUAUCUAUCACCUUCCACAAGCAGCAUUUUAUGGCGCAGUAUCUCAGGCGUUUGGUACAUAUUUGGGUUGGCAAUCGUUUUUCUUUCACUUGAGGGCAUGGGGCAUUGUUAUACAGAAAGUAUCAGCGGCGGAUGAGCAUUUUGCUUGUUUGUUUAGAGAUCAGGAAGCUCUAUUGAACACAUAAGGGUAGCUACAUCAAGCGCAGCAAGUUUCUGGCAGCCUGCCGUAGUGCUCGUUGUGUAAUUUUAUGCUAACGGGCUUUUUGGCAAGGCCCUUUGAUCCAGGAAGAAUGCUUAUGGUUGCACAGCAUAUGUGCUUGUUCUUAAUAUUGUGUUGAAAGUAUAGAAGAUAUGUACUUGUAGCAUGAUGUCAGAUUCAAAUCAUUUGUAUAAAUGCUUUUAUUAACUUGA